GGUGAAGUGCGGUCCAUCAAAGUGCAUGCUUAAAGUUGGCUUUCCACUUUGUCACCUUUAUAAUAUAAAGGUGAGUAUAACACUUACUUAUAUAGUGCUCUCUAAGAGGAAAUGAUGGGAGGCCAUAAAUAAACAGCUCAAAAGGGAAAAGAAAUAUGGAAUACAAAGCAAUGAGGAAACUUACAUGCUGCUUGUUUUUUAUAUUCAUCAGUCUUCCGCUCCACGUUCAUGGUGCCAGAACGGAUACUGAUGCAUACUUACAGUGUAAUGGUUCAAUAGGCGAAUGCCAACAAGAGAAUGAGAUGUUGAUGAUGUCGGAAAUAGCUCGGAGGAUUCUUGAAGAAAGGAAGUACAUCUCGUAUGGUGCUUUGAACAGAAAUCAACCUGCCUGCGGCGGUCCUAGGGGCCAGGCUUAUUCCAGCAAUUCUGAAUGUCUUGGUCCUGCAGCCAAUCCGUAUCACAGAGGCUGCUCAAAGUAUUAUCGCUGUAGAUCAGACACUUAGCAUUGUAAUUGCUUCAUAUUUGCUGCUACUUGUGUAUUUAUCACAGAAAGAAAAUUUUCUGAAAUAUAUUGGUUAUCAGUUGUGCAGUCCAUUUUUGCUUUUACUACGGUUUUGCUUGCUUAGACUCAAAUGUUAACCAUUGCUGUCAAAUCAGCUGGUCAAACUGGUUUUGGGUCAGUUAUAUUUGGUUCAAUACAAGAUCAAUUUUUCAA